GUUACUCUUUUGGGAUUUGGUCGUGAAGUGAACGGAACAAGGCAGAUGUGGUGCUGGCCGAGGAAGAAGACAACAGAGCUUUCUGGUUUUGUUUAAUUUCAAUCUUUUUAUUUAUUUACGGAUUGUUAUGCAGGGAACAAGUUUCGGAAGAGAACAAUGGUGGGACACACUGUCCCCCAAAUCUUUUUUUAUACCAAAAACAGAAAAUAAUCAAACAAACCAAAUUUGACCUUAAAAAAUAUAGUAUUUUUAGCAUUUAUAAUUUUAAUUUUAAUUAUUCACCAGAUUCUAAUUCUAAGGUAUAAUUCCUUUUCCUUUUAUUUUUUUUUUCUGUAUAGUGUUUUUUUUUUUUGGUACAUUGUGUUUUAUUAUUUUAUUACUAUCAUUGUUUUUAUGCAGUGUUUUUUUUGGGUUUAAUUUAAUAUAAACCUUUUCAAGAUAUCAGGGGGCAUGAUCAGAACCAAAGACACAUUCUUUUACAUAUAAAUACUGUAUUCAGGAUGUGAUUUGAGAGCGUAUUUUACAACCCUUACGUAAAAGGGUUGUCUUUGAUUUUUGUUUUCGUCUGUGAUUUCAGAGUGUAUUUUACGACCCUUACGUAAACACUGUAUUUCUCUUUCGAUUGUGUUUUAUUUUGAUUUUUCACAUAUCCUUUUGAAUUUAAGCCAUGAUUUCAUCAUUGAGACAACCUAGUAUUGCGAUCAGUGGUUCUGAUGUUGUUUUUGGGAAAAGACAUGCAACCCUAAUUCCACCACGGUCAUUCUUACCAUCUUUGGUUAGUGAAAAAUCACAUAGAUAUGUUGUUUCAUUGAAAAAGCCUCUUCACCUUGCAUGUAUUGGUCUUGGAAAUUUUGGGUCUGUGAAGAAUUUUGAAACAGAGAAGAGUUUUGAAAAGGGUGAUUUGGUUAAGUGUGGUGCUUAUGAAGCUGAUAGAUCAGAGGUUGAAGACUCAGGAACACCAUCAGCAGCUGCAAAAAAAGUGAAAAUUGGAAUAUAUUUUGCAACUUGGUGGGCUUUGAAUGUUGUUUUCAAUAUUUAUAACAAGAAGGUUUUGAAUGCUUACCCUUACCCUUGGCUUACAUCAACUCUGUCAUUAGCUUGUGGUUCUCUUAUGAUGUUGAUUUCUUGGGCCACUAGGAUAGCUGAAGCUCCUAAGACUGAUCUUGAGUUUUGGAAGACUUUGUUUCCCGUUGCUGUUGCACACACAAUUGGACAUGUAGCGGCUACGGUUAGUAUGUCCAAAGUUGCAGUGUCAUUUACACAUAUCAUCAAGAGUGGUGAGCCUGCUUUUAGUGUUCUGGUUUCGAGAUUUAUUUUGGGCGAAACCUUCCCUGUGCCAGUCUAUCUGUCUUUGCUUCCAAUCAUUGGUGGAUGUGCACUUGCUGCUGUGACUGAGCUCAAUUUCAAUAUGAUUGGUUUUAUGGGGGCUAUGAUAUCAAAUUUGGCAUUUGUGUUCAGGAACAUCUUUUCGAAAAAGGGGAUGAAGGGAAAAUCUGUUAGCGGAAUGAAUUACUAUGCUUGUUUAUCUAUUUUGUCCCUUGCAAUUCUUACACCCUUUGCAAUUGCCGUGGAAGGACCAGCUGCGUGGGCUGCGGGAUAUCAAACAGCUAUGGCUGAAAUUGGACCACAAUUCAUAUGGUGGGUAGCAGCUCAGAGUAUAUUCUAUCAUCUCUACAAUCAAGUGUCUUACAUGUCGUUGGAUGAGAUCUCUCCCUUGACAUUUAGCAUUGGAAACACCAUGAAACGUAUAUCUGUCAUUGUAUCUUCAAUUAUCAUCUUCCACACACCAGUUCAACCUGUCAAUGCUCUUGGAGCCGCAAUUGCUAUCUUUGGGACCUUCCUUUACUCACAGGCAAAACAAUAGGGACUUGCUUGUUAACAUUUUCUGUCAUUCUCAAACCUAUAAGUUGAUUUUGGAACAUGUGGCUGCUGGAUUUUUGUACGACUAGGAUGAUCCGGCUUUUAGUGCAUGUGUAGAUAAUAAUAAUAAUAAUCAGAAUAAUGCUGUUGAGAAACAUGAUUAGUGAGAUUUUUGUUUUUAAAUUUCUGAAAUGCCAAUGAAUUGAAAUAAAUAUUCCUGUUUAUAGUCUGAGAAUAAUAAUUUCUCAAAACAUUGUUUACUAUAAAGGAUUUUUAUUUAUAAUA